AUCAUCAGUCUGGAGGGAAUCGUCGUGGGGUUCGGGUCGAGGCAAGUCCGUGCGAUCCGCAGCCACGGCAGCCGACGAGUUUCGCGCGCGACCCACUCAGCCGAGGGAUAUGCGAGUGUAGUGCAGCGCACCGAGGACACACCAUGGAUAGCAUUAUGGACGGGUACUACUACCCCCCCAGGGCGGUACCCACCCACCACCACGGCUACAAUAACAACCUGGUCAAGAUCGAGGACUUCGGCAAUGAGGCCUCUCGGUCCGGCUACGAGAGUUCGUCGAGCGACGACCAGUCCGACGAGUCCGGGGCCGCGGAUGCCGCGGACGAGCUGACCGGCGCGUCGGCGCACAGCCUGGGGAUCAACAGGAAGGCCGUGAACAAGGGGCGGUGGACCAAAGAGGAGGACGCGCUCCUCAAGCAGCUCGUCGAGGAACACAAUGAGAACUGGGACUCGAUCGCCAAGAACUUCCCGGACCGGUCGGACGUGCAGUGCCAGCAGCGGUGGCUCAAGGUGGUGAACCCGGCGCUGGUGAAGGGCCCGUGGACCAAGGAGGAGGACGAGAAGGUGCUGGAGCUGGUGCAGCGCUACGGGCCCAAGAAGUGGACCCUGAUCGCUCGCCACCUGACGGGCCGCAUCGGCAAGCAGUGCCGCGAGCGCUGGCACAACCACCUCAACCCCAAGAUCAAGAAGACGGCCUGGACCGAGGAGGAGGACCGCAUCAUCUACCAGGCGCACCGCCAGUUCGGCAACCAGUGGGCGCGCAUCGCCAAGCUGCUGCCGGGCCGGACCGACAACGCCAUCAAGAACCACUGGAACUCGACGAUGCGCCGCAAGUUCGACCCGGACAUGCGCGGCGGCGGCGUGGAGUCCCGCGGGCGCGGGCGCAGCACGGCGCGCCGCUGCCAGCCGCAGGCCUCCAUGGUGGCGCCCGCGGCGUCCUCGGCCGCGUCCCUGCAGCAGCACCAGCCGCUGACGGCGCAGCACCACAGCUCGCACCAGCCCAUCUCCGUCGGCAUCCUGGCGCGCCUGACCGGCUCGGGCUCCGGUGCUCCCCCCAAGGUGUACUCGGCCACCACGUCCACGCCGACGAGCAGCGCUUCGGCCGCCUCUCGCCGCGACGCCCAACAGGACAAGUUCAACAUGACCGAGUACGGCAUCAGCAUGUACGAGAGCUCAGAGUGGUCAUCGCCAGAGAUCUACGACCAGUCUCACAGUCAGAGCUCGGCGCCGAGUCCUGCGCCCAGUCCCCUCUCAACGCAAAGCAACAAUCCGCAACCAUUGUUGACUCCUCAGCCGCAGCAGAGAGUGUUUGACCUGAAAAUGGAAAUGGAAUCGCCGGAUCCGUUCUCGCCGUCACCCUUCAAGUAUCUGAGUAUGCAAUCAAGUCCUUCUGAUGAUGGCAUGAAACUGUCACCCAAGAAGGAACCGAUCAGCUCAUAUAGUCAGAUGCAGUUAUUAUCGGGACCAUUUUCUGAAUUUAAACAUGACAUAGUGAGCUUUAAUAGACCUCAAGAUUCGGGUAUAUCGUCUGAUUUUGCGGCUCAGUCUAUGCAGAGUAGUGGUCUAGGAGGAGGUUCACCUGACAGGCAGGCCACCCCCAUCAAACAAGUGCCUUUCAGUCCAUCUCAAUUCUUGAACUCGCCGAAUUUGGAGAUCUCCCUGACUGGAACGCCGGUGCGCCGGAACCUCGUGGCCGCUCAGUCAACACCCCUCAACUGUGAUGGGGACCGUGACCGCGAGGGAAGUCCGGGCCCCCUCUGCACUCCAGACACACUCCCUCUUCAACAGGCUGCACGACAGAGACUGGCGCGUCACGCGGCCAACUCAGAGCACAGUGAGGGUGGCACUGAGUCUAGGAGCAAUGACUCAACUCCUAGUAAGAAGACGAGGUUAUCAUUUCCAAGAACACCUACACCAUUCAAGGAUGCUCUAGCUAAGCUAGAGAAGAAAAAUGGAGCUGUGAAGAACUUGCCUCAAACUCCUACUCGUCUAGAGGAUAUUGAUGAAAUUAUGAAAAAAGAACAGCCUGACUUGUCAGAUUCACAGUAUGAAACGGAUACUGCUAGCAUGAUCAAUUAUACAACAUACCAGGAUUCUCUGCAGGACAGUGGUUAUGUGGGUACCGUUAAGCGGCGAGGCAUUACACCUCUUGGAAAGGAAAAUGUACCAAAUAAGAAAGUAAGGAAAGCCCUUGCCCCAUCUUGGAGUACUCCAGGAAAUAUAAGCGUACCGGGGGUGACUGAUCCUUCUUUUGUUGCUGAGUCACCUAGCAAAUCCAUGAAUGUUGACCGUUCAGUGUCCUUCUCCCCCUCAUGUUCAUUUGUGGUUGAAACACCUAGUAAAUCAUUGGUUGGUGACCGAUCAGUUCUGUUCUCCCCGCCCUCCAUCAUGACGGAUCUAGAUGAAGUUCUAGCAGUACCUGUGGCCAAUGACCCUCCUUCCCCCGGCACCAAGAGUGGGUGUCAGACUUCAUCUCUGCUCACACCACCUACCAAACAAUCGGUCGUCAAACGUAUCCAUUUUGGAGAUACAUCCAGAGAUCUCAGAGUGCCAAAGUUGGACGUGCGAUGGGAGAUGGUUGCCUGUGGAAAGACACUGGACCAGCUGGAACUAACAGAACAAGCCCAUAAGUACCUUAGCCAGGCGACUUUGAAACCUCGAUCUUUAAAUCUCUAACAGAUGUGUUCCUUAAUCAUCUGAGUAAAUAGAUGAGGCCAGUAUCACAUAUUUCUAUGAAAUCUCACAUCACUAGUCUUAUUGUUUUAAACCAGAGCAGUGGAUGCCCUCUUUGUUUUUAAAAGGUUGAUGUGUUUGAAUUUUCCGUGCUUUAUUUAAGUUGAGUAUCAAGCAACAUAACGGAAAGUGGCAAAUAUGAUUUCGAGGACUGAUAAAGUACACCUUUAAUAUUAAAGCUGCAAAUUAAGAUGUAUUGCAGAGUAUGCCUUGGUGUCAACUUGAAAUUGAAGCACCUAAGACUGCUAUGCUUUGACACAUCUCAUACAUCACUAUUCUUUGUUUGAUUAUAUUUAUGAAAUUUCUUUUUCUUGGUAUGCUCAUAGUAGCCAUUUCUCACAGGAGUUCAUACCAGUGUUACCACCAACAGAUAUCUCACAGCAACAUAGUUGACUUCUAAUCUCUCUCUCUCAUGUCUCAAGUGUGUUGUGUGACCUGGAUCUCUGAAUGUAAGAGACAUGUAUUCUUGUUAGUAUGUUUCUUGUUAAGUUUCUUGUGUGUUGUAAAGUUUAUUGUAUACCUUGUACUAACUCAUCCCAAUGUUUUUGUUUUCUUCUUUUCCAAAAUGUAUUGUAGCAUUUAGCAAUGAUUUCCUCAAUCUCUAACCGCCUUGUCAGACUACACCACAGUAUUACCCUCAUUUGAUUGAGGAUAUUCAUCUUUUCAUGUGUAGGUUUAAAUUUAAAGUGUGAGAUUGAAUAGGUCCCAGUUUGUAUUUAUUCUAUUAAUAUUUAUAUUGUAUUCUGUAUUAUCUAUGGAACAAAACAUUAGAGCACUUACCUAAUUUAUAUUGACAAUUUUUUCUUCUUGUGGCCAAAAUGGCUUUUUCAAAUCAUGUAAUUUAUUGAAAGUACGAUAGUCUCACAACUGAUGUGGAACCAAAGGAAAUGUAGAUUAGUAUUUUCUAAAAGACUCAUAUCCUGGUGAGGAUGAUGCAAUAUUAAGAUUAAAAUUGUAAAGUUAAAUAUAUAUCUAUAUCUAUAUGUAAUCUAUUUCAAAAUCUUAUACAGAAGACUUCCAAAGACACCUAUUUAUACUUGACCCUGUACAGAUUUGGAAAUUUGUUUAGAUUUACUUUCUCAGACCAAAGUGAAUAAUUUUUCAGGACUGCUCUUCAUUGCUUGGUGAUUCUAAAUAAUGUUGGAGAGUUCUGAUCUCAAAUUUUCUUUUUGGCAUGGUUUCCCUACUGCCUUUAGUAGUGUUGUUGGUCUUUGUGCUAGUAUUAAAUAUUGAGUGAAUUUUUCCGUUUUGGUUUCAUAAGUAUUAAUAAGUGAUUGUGCCACCACAUUUCACAUGUGUUACCUAGAGUUAGCAUCCAUACUAGUUCGCAUUUUUGUGUGAUAGUUAUUCUAUUUAAAAUUGGUCCUAGUACCUCUGAUUGGUCAUCACUGUAAUUAAAUGUUUCGCUAGCAAUUGAAGCUGUAGCUCUGAUAAGACAUUCAAAUAGAUCUGAUUGCCUUGCCUCUUAAUCAUGAAUUGGUUUCAUGUUGAAAGUUUGGCUGCUCAUGUACAAAUAUUUAUUUAUUCUGUAGAUAAAGUGUUACAUAAUUGUAAUCUAGUGCCAAUAUGUAUAUCAGUCCAUGACAGCACAAUAUUUUAAGAGUUUACUUCCAGUGAUUGUAUUGAUAGUUGUGACAAAUUUUUGCAUUUUUCCCUAAUGGUUUACUUUGCUCUCUAAUUUAUCUUGCCAGUGUACUUUCAUGUAAAUUGUCUUCUGAUUGCUGCACAGUACAACUACAGAUGCUUUGUCUUGAUUAUUAUUGUAAAUGGACAGGGUUUUUGUUCUUAAUUCAAUUCACAUGUGGGCCAUUUUAAAAUAAUACUGAAGUUUUAAAAAUUGCAUGUCAACUUUAAAAAAAAAUUGUGUGUGUGGACCUCUUUUACCUUUUUGUUAUCCAACUGGUUAUCACAUUACAUUGUCAGAAGGUCCUUAUUUUACUGUUAGACGUUGUUGAUGUGCCUGCCUAUGACCAAAAAAAAAUUGAAUACAUCGUUUUUCUUUUCUAA